GUUUGUCAUUAAAUUAAAAGGUUGUUUAAAACAUUAAUGGAAGAUUGUCAGUAUAUUUAAUUUAAUUAUGUUUUAGUUAUACUCAACAGUUGUUGUUUUAGAGUGAGUUCUGUUAGGAAAGGGGGUUGGGAGGAAAAGUUAUAUACGUAGAGCGGUGUCGGGGUGUAAGGUGUAAAUGCAUUGAAUUCAAUUCACCUGAUGUUCAACGCAUGCCAUCGCUCUCUGUCUUUCGAUGUUUCUUUCCUUUGUUUGCUAAUUCUUAGUAUUUAUAAUACUGAUUAUUAGAGAACAGUGAGAGAAAGAGAGAGGGGGAGGCAGAGUAGAAGUGAAGGAUUCUUUGCUUGUUGGCGGUGGAAACCACGGCGGCGAUGGCGGAAUGGGAAGAGAUUCGGCCUGACUUACUGAAAAACACGCCUUCUAACAUUGCGAGAUUGGAGGAUGUGAUCGAACACUCUAAAGCGAGGCAGAAGUAUCUGGCGCAGACGUCUAGCCCCUCUGAUGGCGGUGAUGUUAGGUGGUACUUUUGUAAGAUCCCUCUCGCUCCCAACGAGUUGGCAGCGUCUGUCCCACGAACAGAGAUUGUAGGCAAGAGUGACUAUUUUCGUUUUGGCAUGAGAGAUUCUCUAGCCAUUGAAGCAUCUUUCUUGCAGAGAGAGGAAGAACUGCUUUCUAGUUGGUGGAGGGAGUAUGCGGAAUGCAGUGAAGGCCCAAGAGAACGGCAAAGUUCCAGUACAAAGUCAGAUACUGGAUCUUUUUUGGGACGUACUGAACCAUCUCAACUCUAUGAAAUAGAAGAAGAGAGGGUUGGUGUCCCUGUAAAGGGAGGACUGUACGAGGUAGACUUGGUUUCCAGACAUUGUUUCCCUGUUUAUUGGUACGGAGAAAACAGACGUGUCCUAAGAGGCCAUUGGUUUGCACGUAAAGGGGGGCUGGAUUGGCUACCACUUCGUGAAGAUGUUGCUGAACAGCUAGAGAUUGCUUAUCGAAGUCAGGUUUGGCACCGAAGGACAUUCCAACCAUCAGGACUUUUCGCUGCUCGAGUUGAUUUGCAAGGCUCCAUUCUGGUAUGCAGAUUCUUUAAAAAAAAUGAUACUAUUUAUUUGGGUUAAAUAUAUAUAUGUAAUCCUUGUAAAUAGAGCAAUGUUUGUC